AUGAAUUCUACAACUAAAACCUACACUGUUAUGUGUACAUGUUCAUCAUGUACCAAAAAUGCAAUUGGCGGAAUUUUGCAAAAUGCACAGACCUUUAAGCGUCAUAAUAAUGCUGAUAAGUUAUUAGACAUUGGCCCAAAAAAUCGAGUUAAUACAGAAGUUGUCGAAGAAGAGACAGACGUUGAGAUGGUAGAUGUAUCUGAAACAUCGAUUGAUUAUGAAGACAAUUAUUCUAUUGUAUCAGCCGAAACUACCGUACAGAGUGUACCUUUUUUGAGAGAAGACGAGAUUUUUCAAUUCGAAGAGUCUGAUGUCGAGACAACAUCAUUGGCUUCUGACAAUGACGAUCCUGAUUCAAGCGAUGAGUCUGAAGAUGAGAGCGAAGUUGAGGUUGCCGGUGUUGAAGAUUUUGAAGACAUGGUUGCUUCCGAAAUACUUGCCUUUGUAGUUGCUUCUUUGAAAAUUCAUGAAAUGUCUCAAACAAGCCAAUUCAUGGCUCUAUUUGGCGUUAUCUUUCAGGCGUUUUACUUGGUUCAAGCAGGUGGAACUGCUAUGUUGAAAUUCUUCCGCCAUCUUCUUGUUGCCUUUGAUAAGGAUACCGAUCUCCCACUCACCAUUGAUGCAUUAAAGACUAUGACCGGCUUCAAUUUCAUGACAAAAAGCAUCGUCAAAUACACCGUCUGCAACAAGUGCUUUGCAAUUUACCUACCAGGCAAUCGCCAACCAAAUUGCACAUUCGAAAAAUACACAACCACACCACCAACAUACUGCGGAAAUCCUCUUUUCUCUGACACCGAAGCUGAUCGCGCCGUCCCUCUCAUGGUUUUUCCAUACAACUCGCUCAAGAAUGCAUUGGCACAGCAUUUCGCCAAACCUGGGUUCGAGCAUCAAAUCUUUUGCGCAGAAUCUGAUGCAGAGAGAGCUGUUUUGGAGAAGCAGCAUGGCACCCGUUUUUCCAAGUUGCAUCGCCUACACUACUUUGAUCCCAUCCGAUGCACGAUUGUUGAUCCCAUGCACAAUUUGUUUCUUGGGACAGCAAAGCAUAUGAUCAGUGUUUGGAAAGACCUGAGGUAUCUCCCAACUGCUGUUCUCGUCUGUAUGCAACGUCUUGCCGAUGGUAUUCUUGUUCCUCCUGGGUAUGCCGUUUUAUCAACAAAGAUCAAAUCUGGUUUCCCAUAUAUGAAGGCAGACGAGUGGCAAUUGUGGUGUCUGAUUUAUUCAUUGGUGGUACUAAAAGACGCUUUGCCUGAAGACGACUACAAAAACUGGACUCUCUUUGUAAAAGCAUGCCGAAAGUUGACCGGUCCUUCAGUCACAUAUUCAGAAAUUGACAGUGCACACCAGCUCCUUGGAGAAUUUGGAAAAGAGUGUGAGACUCUUUAUGGAGAGAGCAGCAUCACGCCAAAUAUGCACUUGCAUAUGCACUUGCAUGAGUCAACGCUUAACUUUGGUCUGGUAUACGUAUUCUGGCUGUAUAGCUUCGAGAGAUACAACAGCAAGUUGAAGAACAUCAAGACGAACCGUCGCAAUGGUCUUGAGGUCACCUUCAUGAGAGUCUUCCUGGAGAAAGCAUUCAUUGGUAGCUUUCUUCGAGCAUAUUCUACCAAUUUUUCAUCACCACUGAUAGAGUUCCUUGAGGGGGUUGCCCAAGUAAAAUCAAAUUCCAACAGCUCUUCUCCCUUGAAUUUGGAUGCUGGCCACCCUCCUGUGUUGCCAUUUAGCUUAGCAAUGUUCCAGCAAGCUGCUACAAAUCCAUGGUACAAUUUGCAGCCUUUGACUAUGAUGAAGGAUGAUCACUAUCAGUGGUUAUUUGAAUUCUAUGUCAAGGCUUACCGGAGUACAAGUGUUUCCUUCUGUGUGGUAGGGAGAAUCUCAAUUGGUGAGAAUGUAUUUGUGAACAAUCGGAUUCAAAAGGUGAAGAAGAUUUCGUUGCUGGGGCAAGAGUACUGCAGUGGUGAAAAGAAGAAGCGCGGGUCUUUUGUGAGGGUAUUGUUUCUUGAGAGAACAAAUGACGAUGUAUCUGAAUUCCCUGGUCAAAUAGAGUAUUUAUUUACUCAUACCAUCAAGAUUGGUGGAGUCAAAAGAGUGUCAACAUUCGCAUUCAUUAAAUGGUUUCCUGCCUACCAUUCAAGUAGUCAUCAGCCAUUAGCUGAUCAAGGUCUGCAGUUGUGGGACAAGGGAUUUAUGGAAGAAGAUGCUUCGUGCAUUGUUCCAGUGCAUCAUCUGCAUUCGUGCUUUGCGUUGACUACGCACAAAAUGCAGAGUGGGAUGCAAAAGCACCUGGUUAUUCCACUGCCUAGAAAAGUAGUCACAUAA